AAAACGCAAUUAGGGGGAUAAAAACUGAUACCAAGAUUCGAAUGCGGGUUGCUUUUCUGUAGAUAAAAAACGAACGCACGUUUGAGCGCUUCCUGAAAAACGAAAAAUCGAUUAACCAAUGUGGAGGCGUUUUGAGCGCACUGUCGAACUGCGCAUUUCAGUAAAUGACGUACAGCAAGACAGCUGUCAUUGUGUUUUACGAAGUUGAUUGAAAGUUUUUGCCAGUGAUUAAUAGUUUUAUUUGUAUAGGUAGUCAUCAGCGAUCGCUCGAAAAUGUCUUACGCGUAUUUAUUUAAGUACAUCAUCAUCGGUGACACAGGUGUUGGUAAAUCCUGUCUGCUCCUCCAGUUCACAGACAAAAGGUUCCAGCCAGUGCACGAUCUGACUAUUGGAGUUGAAUUUGGGGCUCGCAUGAUCACAAUUGACAGUAAACAAAUCAAACUUCAGAUAUGGGAUACUGCAGGACAGGAGGCAUUUAGGUCAAUCACACGAUCCUAUUACAGGGGCGCAGCGGGUGCAUUAUUAGUAUAUGAUAUUACACGAAGAGAGACUUUCAAUCAUCUCACUACAUGGCUCGAUGAUGCCCGACAACAUUCUAAUUCAAAUAUGGUGAUCAUGCUUAUUGGGAACAAAAGCGACUUGGAAAGUCGACGCGAGGUAAAGAAAGAGGAGGGUGAGGCCUUCGCCAGGGAACACGGUCUAGUAUUUAUGGAAACGUCGGCAAAGACUGCGGCCAACGUGGAGGAGGCGUUCAUCAACACCGCCAAGGAGAUUUACGAGAAGAUCCAGGAGGGAGUAUUUGAUAUCAAUAACGAGGCCAAUGGAAUCAAAAUUGGACCUCAACAUUCGCCCACGAAUCCUUCGUUGCCAGGAGCAGGAGGAGCAGGUGGUUCUCAAGGCUCAGGAUGCUGUUAAAUGAAUUUACGUUAUUUUAAAAAGAGGGUUUUCCUUACAUAUAAACAUUAAACCCAUCGUAAAUGAAUGGAAUGUGGAAGCACUGACUUUAUUACAUAAGUUAAUGCUCUAAUAUCUUGUUAACUAUUUUCAAUUUUUAAAGACAAUUUUAGAAUGAUUAUUACACAAUCUAUUAGAUUGCACAUAGAAAAUUUCCAAACAUUUAAAGUAAUCCAUUCAAUUCAUAUACUUAUAGAUAUUAGAAAGUUAAUUUAUGUAAUAAAAAAAAAAUUAUUGUGAUUAUUUGGACAUGUAUAUUUAUAUUUAGCUACAAAUCCAGUUAAUAUUUUUAUUGAUUUAAAUAUAUGAAUAUGUUUUAGUUUAUUAGAUUAUUUUUUUAAGAUAUUUAAAAUUACUGUCAGUUUCUCAUUCGUAUUUCAUAUUUCAAAAUGGUGUGUUCUUUCUAGUGUAUUAUGUUACCUAUAAUAUUAAAAUGUAGCAAAUCUACUUCACAAAAAGUAAAUGUAAUCAUAAUUUUUUAUGUAAGCUUUCAAAUAUAAUCAAAUAUAGAUUAUAUUAUA